GGGCCAGGGCGCAGCUUCACACGAUUUUCUGACGAAGCUUGAAUGAAUUCAUUAAGACCAUAAUAUCACCAAGUCUUGCUGUAGGGUUCCCAACACCUCUUCUGCCAGGAUAUUGUGCACCUUACCCUAUCAGGCAAAAAGUCGCUGGACGUCUGUGGAGCAGACACUGACCAUCAUGGCCGAGCUGUUUCAAGGGAAGACACUUUCAAGCAAAACGCUUUCCGAGGUGGACAUACAGGAGGCAUUGCAGAAUCGUGUGGUAGGGCUGUACUUCUCAGCAGCAUGGUGUCCUCCAUGUAGACAAUUCACUCCAAUGCUAAGAGAGGUGUAUGAGGAACUCAGGACGCGGGGAGCACCGUUUGAGGUCGUGUUUGUUUCCUCGGACAAAACUUCAGAGAAUUUACGGCAAUACAUGAUGGAUGAACAUGGCGACUGGUUGUAUGUUCCCUUUGGAGAUCCCUUAAUAAGUGAGCUAAAGAGCAAGUACAGCGUCACUGCCAUACCCCAGCUCAUUAUCAUCAAACCAAAUGGAGACAUCAUAACCCCUCUAGGACGGAAACACAUCCAGGAUCGCGGUGUAUCCUGUUUCACCAGUUGGUCACAGACAAUGGAGAAACACUGAGGGUUCAGACAGAUGCGUAGGUUGCUCCUAGAAGGUACACAUGCAGCGGACAAUCAGAUUUAUAGAGCUGCUAAACACACAAUUUACCAUGGCUCGGGAAAUUACCUUUCUCUGUGGUUAAACAGUGGCGAGCAAUCAACUUGGAUUUCUGUGUGAUGUAAAUUAUGCAUAUAUGUACAGAUUUUAAAAGAUGAACGGAUUUGCAGUUAGCUGAAUCUAAAAUUUACCUCCAGAAAAUGAAUUUUCUCCAGCAAAUAGGGGAAUUAAUUUUUGGGAACAGUUUUGCUAUACAUGUAUAUAUAUAUAUACAACAUAAAGCAUUUAUAUUCAGAAAAGUUCUUUAAGUGUAAAAUGCAGUCAAAUGUGGGCUGAAAAUCAAUGACCCACCAGUGCUAAACAGUUUCUGUGGCAUGUAGCAUGCUAGCCUUUUCCCAAGUGAUUUUUAUUUGUGAGUAUGUGUCACUCAAUAACAUCUGCACACAGUGGUCUAGAGCUCGAAAUUUGAAAGAAAAAAAAUCCCCAAUAUAGCAGUGCUUGGAGCUGAAAGCAGGACCAGAACUUGUUCACAAUACUAGAAUCAAAAUGACACAAUGUGACACUCACAGUGACACAUGACACAAUGUCAGGGCAAGUGUCCUGGUGCCCCCUGUUGUUGUUCUGGUGCCCGAUUGACAUUUUCCUCAUUAGAGGUGCACCUCACCAUGGGGACAAUUUCCAGGCCCCUUCAAAAAUCAAAGUUCAUCGGGCAUGACAUGUAUUUUUGGCAUUCAUUAAAGAAUAUCCAUGUCUUUUUAAAAAGCUGAAAAUUAUCUUGCUCUGAGCUGGCUACAUAAAAGUAGAUAGAUUCCAAAAAUCUACUCGGCAAGUAGAUACACACAUGGUUUUACCGCAAACCAAAUAUAUAUAGAUAGAUUCACAAAGCAAUUAGGGGUGCCCUGCAGUGACGUGAUAACUCUGCAAUUUGACCCAUCACCCCAUCAAAGAAGGCAGCCUAGAGGCUGUUUUUAUGAAUGUACAUGUACCCUUCAAAAAGGCUAAUGAUGUAUCGAGCCUUUGGGCAAGGCUAUCCUAACAUGCUCAGCAGAAUAAUGAUAUUUGGCUGGGGGAAUUGAUCUGCAAUGUCACCUCACAGAAAUACCCUGUUUUUAAUGUUAACUGUUGUGUGAUUUUAGUCGCCUUUGAGUGCAAUCUCCUUUUUAUAAAAUUAUAUAAAUUAUACUUUUAUCGUUGGUAGGGGUCUGGUUUUAGUAUCUUAAGAUGACAGUUUGUAUAACUCUGUAUAACAUUGACAGCCCCUGUUUAACUUGUAAUCAUUGUGGAAGAUUUAGAAUAAAUAAAAGUAAAACCGACACUUUUGCACCAGAAACAUUGGGGAGAAUGGUCAGUUUUUUUGUAGUAACAAGGUUCCUCAGCUAAUUUACCUUAAAUACAGUACAACAGGAUUCAUGUAUGUGUCCCACACUAAAGUACAAAG